AUGGUCAAUUUCAACAAACAAACACAAUUUUUAAUACUUUUUUAUAUAUGGUCAACAACUCAAACCUUUUUUUUUGUCCAUGCUGACAUCUUGGACAGUAAUCUAGGCCCUAUAGCCUUAACACCAGGUCUAAGAGCUAGGUUUUAUGAAGUUUCCUUCGAUGGUUCAGAGACAGCGGGGGGUCGUCAGCAAUAUGUCACUUCAAAGGCUUAUAUGACUGAAGGGAAUUAUUUAGGCGAAGUCAAUGGUGUAACUUCCCUAGAUGUUAACUAUGUGAGAUAUUUGAACCCUACGAUUUAUGGCUUCCGUAUGGAUCCAAACGUUAAACAAUUUGUAAUAGAAUUAAGGGGUUAUUACAAGCCUCAAACAACAGCUGGUAUGAGAAUUAGCUCUCUGGUGAAUGCUGUUAAAGGUUGUAAUGAUGGUGCUUACGAUUCAAGUAUCUUAUCAACAUACGCUAAAGUCUCUAAUAAAGUUUAUUUAAAUUCAACUGACUCAGAUAAAUUCUGUUAUCAAGAUAAUUCAGCCACUAAGCCUUUUGCAACUUUGUUUAAUGAACUCUCAUCAUAUUCUUCUGAUUAUAUGUCUGUUACUGGUGGCAAAGACACACCAAUUUUCACGAAAAACACAUAUUAUCCAAUUAGAAUGGUGUUUUUAAGUAGGGGUGCGGGACUUAAUGCUUUGUUCUUCCCAAAUGUUAAUGGUAAUUGGAUGUCAUUCUCGGGUUCGACAUUAUUCUCUAAUCCUAAUGAGGAUUAUGAUGCAUUGGAUGAUAAUGCAGAGACCGUGUUCCCAGGGAAUUGUCCUCAAUUCACAGCCACGACUAAUAAUAGAGCUAUAAGUUUUACAAACGAUGUUUUGGUGAGGAGAGAUGAAUGCCCAGUGAGUUCCAGUUCUACCUCAGAAAUUGAGUUCAGUUCCACAUCUGAAGUAGUUUCAAGCUCCACUUCAAAAAGUGAGUCGAGUUCCACAUCUGAAAUAGUUUUAAGCUCCAUUUCAGAAAUUGAGUCCAGUUUUAUUUCAGAAGAAGUGUCAAGCUCCACCGCAGUUAUGGAGUCGAGUUCUACUUCAGAAAUAAUAUCAAGUUCCAUUUCUGAAGAAAUGUCAACCUCAACCUCAGAUAUUUCUGAGUCAAUCGCUACUUCUGAAAUAGUCAGCAGUACGAAUUCGGAAAUUAAUUCAAGCUCAACAUCAGAGGAAAUACCAACUUCCACAUCGGAGAUUAUAGUAAGUUCUACUUCUGAAAUAAUUACUAGUUCAGCACCAGAGAGUGCAUCAACUUCUGAACCAAUUAUUAGUUCCAGUUCAGUGAUAAUUACUAGCUCAAGUUCCGACUCUGAGAUUAUACCAAACUCUACUUCUGAAAUAAUCUCAAGUUCAAAGACAACAAUUUCCGGUAGUUUUAUUCCAUCAACCUCUGAUAUAAUUUCUUACAGUUCUGGGAUCUCACACACAUAUACUCCAGACUCUAGUGUAUCAUCAUCAAAUCCUACUACCAGCAAAUCCUCCAUAAAUUCAUCCAUUUCUACCUCUGAUCAUACUUCUAGUUCCUCAAACCCUAUUUCUAACACUACCUCUUCUACUGACCUUGAUAUGUCUUCAACUUUUUUUGAAAGUUCUAUAACAUCUUUAGAAGAUAUUACAUCCACAUAUGAACCAACUACAUCGAGUUUUUUGAUAACAAAUACCACCAAGGUUAUUGGCACAAGCAAACAAACCAUAACUACAGAUUGUGACCUUUGUGAAUCUAACAACGGGCGUACAUCUCAUUCCACAAAAACAAUAGUUAAUCCAAACAUUUCAACAGUCACUCAAACAAAAUCAGUUGAUGGAUCUAUAAUAACGAUUAUCACAUUGACUAGUUGCGAAGGCCCUUGUAAAGCAACUAAAUCAGGGCAAGCUACAACCUCAGACAAAUGCAUAAUAAUCACUACCAACAACAAUUACGAAACUCCGCUCGUGACAUCUGAAUUAUCAUCAUCAUGUUUCCCAAUAUUGGUACAAACUGCAUUAAGUGGUACACAAGCUACCAUAAUAACAACAUUUAUUGCAUCUUUCGAAGGACACGCAAAUAUCCUAACACUAAAUCCAUUUAUUUUCGUCAUCAUGACAUUUGCGACUUUCUUUUAA